GCUGCGGGAGCGGGAGCGCGCCCGGGCGGCUCCGUAAAAAAAAAAAAAAAGCAGCAGUGAUCUCGGUGUGACAGCUCAGAGCUGUCCACGUCAACACAGCGAGCAGCGAGCACGGCGGCGGCAGCGAUGGACUCCACGUCUCUGGAACCUUCCCUCUACACAGUGAAAGCUGUUUUCAUCCUUGACAAUGAUGGCAACAGACUUCUGUCAAAGUACUAUGACCGUGAGCUUUACCCCUCCAUGAAGGAACAGAAAAACUUUGAGAAGAAUGUCUUCAACAAGACACACAAAGCAGACAAUGAGAUAGCUUUCUUGGAAGGGAUGACCAUUGUCUAUAAAGGCAGUAUAGAUCUCUUCUUCUACGUGGUGGGAAGUGCUCAGGAGAACGAGCUGAUGCUGAUGUCGGUACUGAACUGCCUGUUUGAGUCUCUCAGUCAGAUCCUCAGGAAAAAUGUGGAGCGUAGGUGUUUACUGGACAACAUGGAAGGAGUGUUCCUGGUUGUGGAUGAAAUCAUUGAUGGAGGGGUGAUUCUGGAGAGUGACCCCCAGCAGGUCCUACAGAAGGUUAACUACAGGGCGGAUGAAAAUCCAUUAUCUGAACAAAGCGUGGCCCAGCACAUAACAGAGAAACUGGCUCUCACCACUAACGUAAGUCUCUGCUAACGUCACAAAAGCCCUACACUGCACUACAAAGCUUAUUCUAUUGUAACACUGCAUACUGCACGCUGCCACACCAGCCUACUCUUCCAUAACACUGAAAAAAAGGUUCACUGGGUCAAAAACGAAAUGUUGGUAAUGGUUAAAGUAGAGAAUCAGUAGCUCUUAAAGGCUAAGGUAAGUAGUCGAGUAAAAAUGAAACAACUACUGUCCAGCUUUGUGUUAAUCAGAGUCCGUGGUGUUAAAUAUAUAUUCAUUUAUUUAUUUAUUUAGUUAUUUAAUCAUGGAUAAACCAACGUGUUUCGAGGGUUUUCAUUAGGGUACCUCCACCCACUCGGAUGAAUGGAUUUAUUUUAUUUAUUUAUGAUUGAAUAAAGGAUUUUUAUAUUUAUAAUCAGUGCCUCAGAUUGUUUUGAGACUGCCAACCAACACCAUGGGCUUAUAAUAACACCAGGCUGGAUAGUCAGUGUUCUUUUAUUCAAUACUGGACCUCUGGAAGUUUUAGAACUUUUUAAAGGUCGGGGAAAUUGAUUUAGAAUUUAAUUUCGUCCAUGUUUAUGUAGGCACAUAUCACACAAAACGAGAUAACGAGGGAUUUGUAUCCUUAUUUAUAUUACCUAAUUUUCUAAUUUAAACAAUAGCUUGAAAUUUGCCAGUUUGGACAUCAGGACCCCAAGGUUGAGAGAAGGUUGUGAAUCUCUGCUAGACUAAAACACAGUGUCUCCUUAGGGACCGUGUAAUCUGUUGUAUCGUAUUGUAUCAUAUACCAUAAUGCUACAGUCUCAGUGCUGUCUAUAUGCAAGGUUUUUCAUCUGGGCAGGGGGAUUACAUAUACUUACACAUCUCUUACUAUUUUAGGUAUCAGUGUACACCUUCCAUAGCAAGGCAGCAGCCUCGCAUGUUAGUCUUUCAUGUAAUCUGUGGUGUUUAUUGAGGACAGUCUUUUGUUCCCUGACUUUAGUCUUGAAGGCAGUGCCUCUUCCCUAAAAUUUCACCACACCUUUAUAGAAGCACUAGCCAAAUUGGGAAAAAAAAUGUCCAUUCAUUAAGAUGUAUGCAGGGGUAUGAAAUGAAUGAGUAUAAAUACUAGUAGAUGAUCAAGAGUACACGGCUACAUUUAUGACACAUACAGACCGAGGCACAUUAUUAAAUCUUGUCAACAAGAAUAAAAACUAGGGGGUUGUUGAUCAGAGGUGGAUUCAGAUCCUAAAAGUAAGUAAAGUAGCAAUGCUGCAAAAUAUACUCCAUUACAAGUUAAGUCCUGCACUAAAAAUUUCAUUUUGCUAAAAGUAUGUAUUAUUAUUAGACAUUCUGUCAAAAUAGACUCAAAAUGACUAAUUGAUUAUCAAACUAGGCAAAUAAUGUUUUAGUUGAUAAGUCGAUUAAUACUGUUAUAUCUAAUUGAAUUAUUAUUAUUAUUAUUAUUAUUAUUACAUUAGUGUGUAUGUGGCAUUUAAUUGUUGAAGUUCAGUUUUCUGAAAUAAAUUCAAAAUCAAGGUCCAUCCUCACUAAAUGCAUAGUUCACAGAGGUAAAAGCUAUGCUACUGUACAGUACAGUAUACAGUAGUAUAACAACAAUUACAUAGAACUGCCUAACACUUCAACAUAUAAAGUUGUAACAAAUGCCUCCAUAUGUAGAGUAUGCACACUGUAGCAAGCAAUACGUUACACUACAACACUGUAUAAACCUGUUAUAUAGAUGAAAGCAGCAGUAGAACACUGUAAGGGCCGGAUGUGACUGCAUUUCCCAGGAUCCCACACUGCAGUGAAUGUUACCUUAGUUCCAUGUGCCCCCUGCUGUUAAAUAUGAGGAACAACAAGUCUAGAUGAGGAGGACACAAACAGUGGAAGCUUGUUCACCAAAAGACUGAGAGGAACAGAGAAAAAGUACAAAUAGUCCCAAAAACUCCACAAGGCUCUUCAGCUACAGGGAGUCUUCGUCAUGUGGCAGAUUUUAGUAACGUUUCCUCACUGACCAUUGGCUUUUUUUCCUUUCAAAAGUCUAUUCAUCUUGUAUUUUACCUGAAUCUUGAUAUCCCUGCUCACACCAGAACACACUUGUCUUAUAUUUAACCCAGUGUGAGAACCACUGGUUCUGAAAAAAAAGAUGAAACUUUAUUUAACUCAGGCUACUAAGAUAAAAGAAUUCAGCAGUUAAAAGUGGAAAAAUAGAUUUUAGAUUUUAAUGAGCAUCUUUAAUUAAUAGUUCCUUUCAACAUUUCACAAUAAUUAAUAGUAAUUUAAUAGUAAGUAAUAGUAGUAGUAGUAAAACAUAGUAAUCAAUUACAGCGCAUGUAGGCCUGUGUUUUAUGGUAUGUGAUACAAGGAACAUUUUCAGGCGAUAAAUAUCCCUGUUGUCAGCACUCGAAAUUAAGAAUGUCCUCGUUGUCCUGGGGUUAAUAAAAAUUGCACCUGGGACACAAACAUACAGUGUCUGAGACAAUUCUGGGACAGUAGAGAAAGUUGUUAUUACAAAUGAAAUGGUUACUUUUAUACAUCAUGGAAUACAUGUCAUUUGAAUUGUCUGAAAAAUGUGAGGUAGCACAAGCUCUAGGCUACGUCACACGCACGCUUACACACACAAAAUCAGAGAGUGUUGCCAAUGUGGUGACUUUAGUGACUUUUAACUAUUUGGAACUAGUUUGUUAAGUCCUAACCCUGCCUGUUGUUAAUGAUGAUAUGUACGGUUCAUGAGUUAUAUAAUGCACUGGUGUCCCCCUGAGCACACUUGUAUUUGUGACAGUUCAAUGUGUGUGCAGUACAGACUCCAUUCACUGUUCCACACUGACCAACUGUACAAUACUGCCCUACCAAGCAAAACCGCAGUAACUACGAUUUUGGUCAAAAUUGAGUUAUGACUGAAAAUGAACUUUUACAUGCCUGUUUUAUCUUGUGACAAAUUUUCAAAGUUUAGUCUUGCUCCAUCUUAGAGAAAACGUGAUGUAAAAAUUGUAGUAACUACAAAAUCCAACCUAAAACCAAAACUUUAAAGCCAUUUCUCUCAGUUUCACUGUUAGCGUAGUUACUGCGGUUAUGCUUUGUAGGGCAGAAUACAUAAGGUCAUUAUGAUGACAUGCACAGUUCAUGAGUUAUUAUGAGUUAUGUAAUGUAUUCUAACCUAUGGAGGAGGCCCAUUGAACCCCACAGUGUAACUCAGCUCCUGUAUAAAGUACAAACUCUUUUAUAGUUAUGCACUAUAGAGCAGUGGUUCCCAACCUUUUUCCUGACGCAACUCCUUUUCUAUUAACUGACUAAGUCACAUAUUUUAUGGAUAUUUCAUUUUACAUUAGAUUUAUAACACUAACAGCACAGAACAACUGAUAAACUGUACAAUGAACACAAAUAUUGAAUACAAUAGCUGCAGGAGAUUUGUGUAAAACAAGUGAAUUGGAUGAAUUUGGAUUAUUUCCUGUGGCUAUUGCAUUAAAGAAGAGUUUUCCUGAUAUUUUUAAGAACUUAUAAAGUAAUUCUCUGUCUGUGUUAUGUCUAUUUCAUUUCUACCAAUGAUACAUAAUAGACCUUUUUUUGGAAAAAUGUAGUAUUUUCUUCCCCUGAUGCUUGACCAUUGUUCUAUUAGCCAUUUGGCUGUUUAAACUCUACUUUACUAAUGCAGGACAAAGCUGUUUAUCAAAGAGUGCAGACUCUGUGAAUAUAGCGUUUGCUCAGGUCUUCAAAGUUUAGGUCUUAAAUAAACAUCUAAACUUGAAAAACUAAAAAGAAUAAUUUCAUUUAGUUUUUCUGCCUGUGCACAAGUGUUUUGAUGCCCGGUACUUAUAUUAACAUAAGCACAACAAUCAGACGUAUUUGUUUAAAAAUGCUUCUGUAGAUUAUAGUUUACUGUAUUAUACUUCAUAUUUAAUGGUGUUUUCUUCAUGAUAUUACACUACAUUUAGCUACAUAUGUAUUUUUCUUCUAUUAAUACAUAUUCUGAUUAUUUCUGUCUGUU